CGCCCCCAUCCCCUCUCUUCCUCGGCGCUGCCUACGGAGGUGGCAGCCAUCUCCCUCUUGGUGAGUCUCAAUCGCGGGCCAUCUGCGCUUCUGCUGGCUCCUUGUGGAUCCUGCGAUCCCCCGCACCAUGGCGGCCCUCAGACCCCUCGUGAAGCCCAAGAUCGUCAAAAAGAGGACCAAGAAGUUCAUCCGGCACCAGUCAGACCGAUAUGUCAAAAUUAAGCGCAACUGGCGGAAACCCAGAGGCAUCGACAACAGGGUGCGGAGGAGGUUCAAGGGCCAGAUCUUGAUGCCCAACAUAGGUUAUGGAAGUAACAAAAAGACAAAGCACAUGCUGCCCAGUGGCUUCCGGAAGUUCCUGGUGCACAAUGUUAAGGAGCUGGAGGUGCUGUUGAUGUGCAACAAGUCUUACUGUGCAGAGAUUGCUCACAACGUCUCCUCUAAGAACCGCAAGGCCAUCGUGGAAAGAGCAGCCCAGCUAGCCAUCCGAGUUACCAAUCCCAAUGCCAGGCUGCGCAGUGAAGAAAACGAGUAGACGGCCUGUGUGCAUGUUUAUUUGUGCUUCAGUAAAUCACAAAA